UAAACUUCCACUACAGCGUGAAGACAACAAGAAAGUUGAACUGAGCUUGAUCGAUACCAGCAUUUGGGUUGAUCCUCAUGGAGUUUAGGCCUCGAGAUUACAAUGCUGAGCAGGAAGCUCACGCGAUUCCUCGAUCACGCGCCGAUCACCACCCUCUCUUGACUCCAUCGCCUUCUUCUUCUCCCCAAAACCAGGUUAUUGUUACGAACCUUCAAGAUAAUGAUUUCUUUGAUCCAUUAAGAGGAGGAGAUGCCAAGACAGAGGAGACGCCUGAUACUGAGAAUUCUUCUUCUGCUAGUCUCUCCAGUGAAGCUACUAGUCAAAUUCCGUCAAAGGAGUGGACCUCUUUUAAGAGAUUCUUGAUGCAAAAGUUUCCUGUAUCCAAAAUGAUUUCAGUUUCUUCAAUGCCUGAUGUGAUAAUUAAAAGUAGUAAAGCAUUUGACAAAUCUUCAAAAAGUACACAUGUAGAGGAAGUAAAUGAUUCACAAAAAAUUCCGGAAGAUGAUGCCAAGGUUAUUACUCAGCAGGAGUAUGUCUCUCGUCUACAUGAGCUCAAAGAUGAAAUUAUGCACGCUUGGCAGGCUGAAGAUCGCGUAACAGCUUUGAGAUUGUCUAUUAAGGUUGCUAAGCUUCUGAUGGAUACUUCAGUUCAACAGUUUUAUCCUACAUUAUUUGUUCUUGUGACAGAUGUAAUGGACAUGCUUGGAGGUAUGGUUUGGCAACGCAUCAGACAGAAAGCUGAAUUUUCUGAAGAUGGAAGCUUUCUCGGUACAUUACCAGAGAAUUUUAAAGCAAGUGAUAUUUGCUCUGAUGCUAAGGAAACUUGCCAUAAUUGGUUUUGCAAAGUUGGUUCAAUCAGAGAGCUCCUUCCACGCAUAUAUUUGGAGUUGGCAAUAUUGCCUUGCUGGCGUUUUCUGCUUGACCGUCCUGUAGAUAAUCUCCAGCGACUGGUAAUGAUGACAAGAGGGAUAGCAGAUCCAUUGGCAUCUUCCUAUUGCCGUUUAUACAUGGCCCACUGUGCGCGGAAGUUGUCUGCAUAUGAUAAAGGAUACCUGGUUACAUGUGUUAAUGACAUCAAAAUCCUAUUGAUUCAUCUUUCAACAGCAAAGGAGGCCCCACAUGGACCUUUUGCAGGCAAAAUAAGGUUGCUUGUCAGUCUGAUUGAACCUACUAUUGAAUAUAUUAUGAAAUGUAUAUUUGCAGAUGUGUCUCAGAGGCAAAUAGACUCUUUACUUAUGGAGCUCAGACUAGGAAGGAAUCAAGCAAAUUUAUCUGAGAGUUUCUCAAGUGCUUCAAUUGUUCUUCAUCAUCUGCUAAAGGAACUUCCAACUGAAGUAAUCAGCUCCAAUGCCGUGGAUAUCCUGCAUCUGAUCAAGUGCAGUGACGACAGUUCUUUUGAUCAGUGUUUAAAUUAUAGGUUACUUGGAUUUAGACUAGGUGAAAGCAGAUAUGAAAUGGACACCAUUAAUUCCGUAGUGGAUGAAGUCAUUCAGGUCAUUAUUCAAUAUGGUAAACUUGAGGAGUACUUGAAGGUUGUUGAUGCUUACAUGGACAUUGUUCUUCAAAAUCAAAUGGACAGCUAUUUGAACAUGCUUUUAGAGGGUAUUUACACACGAGCAUGCAAUAAAGAGAUUCUUGAAGAUGAACAAGGAAGCUUGCAGUCCAUUUUUCUGAAGCUUCUUUCUCAUUUUAAGGACUUAGACAUAGUAUUUUCUUUGAAACAUUUUCUUCACAUCUUGGACGUAAUGCAUGGGAGCUCUAGGAAUGUCAUUGAUAUGCAUAUUCUUAAUAUGGCAACAAGGAAUGGCCGUAUAAAUGAUCCAACAACUAUACAGUUGCUUUUUGAAAUUGCUCAGUCUCUAUAUGAUGGUAUAGACUUCGCAAAUAUGAAAGACGAUGAAAAGCAACAGCCAGCGCGCCUCAUUUCUCGUUUUGUCCAGAUGGUUGAUUUUGGGGUGGCGAUGGAACAGCAUUUAACAUUUUUAGUUGAAUGUCGUGGAGCUUUUCGAAGCAUAAAUGAACUUAAGGAAACUCUCGUUCACUCAAGCAAUUAUUUGGCAACUAAAGCUCUGAAAGAUGGAAAAAAGCAUCUCAAUUUCGUCAAAUCUUGCAUAGCAUUUGCUGAGGUCACUAUACCCUCUAUUUCAGCUCAAGUUAGGCAGUUAAAUCUUUAUCUUGAAACUGCUGAGGUUGCGUUGUUAAGUGGGUUAAUUCCCCAUUCAGAUGGGCUCAUUGUAUCUGCAAUGAGCUGUUUAGAAAAUGUAGACUUCACAGAUGGCACACGGACUGCAAUCGAUAUUGAUGGCAUACUGUCCUCAAUUCGAAAAAUAUGUAGCCUCUUGGUUAUGGUUCCAGGUAAUGCUGACCAAGGUGUUACAAAAAUUCCAAGUAGUAUUCUCUCUCUCAUUUAUUCCAGAUCAUGGAUGACACCAAGAAUCACAUCAAGGAUAUUUUGUGCAAUAAUUCUAUUGUUGGCAACACUUUCUCAAAAGAAGCUCCCGUACCAUUUGGGUAAUUCAGAGGUAAAGAUUUUGGGCAGUGACUGGUUAUUCUUUGGAGAUUCAUCUUAUGUACAUGAACUUGUCUCACUGUCUGAGCGUGUUCUUCAUAAUCUAGUUAAUGCUAUAGAACAAGAGCCAUCCAAGGCUGCUCGUGGAAGCAUGGCACUUGAAGCGUGCAACUGCAUAGCAUUAUCCUUCAAAGUAAGCCAUGAGAUAUCUCAAGUUUGCUGGAAACUAAUUGAAACUGCAAGAAUUUGUUUGAGUGCAAAUGAUAAAUACCUCCAGUCUACUCUUAAAUAUUUAGAUGAGCAGCUGCCGAGUUCUAAAGCAACGCCAUCUCUGGCAAUCUGAUUUACGCGUAAGGUUAAUUGCCAUGUUAAAUAGGUAAAAAAUUGGGAAAUAUUCUAGAAUGGUGGGAAUGAGAUCUAUAUCUCUUGAUUUUUUGUUGUAUAGUAUAGGCUUUUUGAGGGCAUAAUGUCAAUUCAAUUUCUUUUGUUAUUCAUGAUCUUUUUGCUAUUGUAUAUUUCUGGGUUUUGUUUGUUUC